AUGGUUGUCGUCAUAGAUCCUGCUUUUGAGGCUUUAUUUGCUUCUGAAUUUAGAUUCCCAGGUCAGGAGAAUGAAUUAGGAGUCCCAGGUCGUGGUCAUGGACAGGGUGGCAAUGACGAUGAUGAUUUGUACAGGUUGGCUGCAGGUUUUUGGUUUUCAGUUCUGGCCUCAUUAUUCUCGUUUGUUUCUGAUAGUUUUAUUUUUGGGACUCUCGCUAUAAUUUUGGACGAGUCAUGUUCAGUACUUAAGGAAAUGACAGAACGGAACGAAAUUAUUGUGGUCGAGAAGUUGUGUUUUGUUUUUUUACACUUUGGAGCAAAUUUAUUCCUCAAACCUAGGGCAUUUGGAGUUGAAAUAUUAGGUAUCAUUUCGUCUUUAUUGAGAAAAGAUGUUUGGGAGUUUUGCAGCACAAACUUUUAUGAUUCUGAAACAGCUGAAAGUGUUCGGUCAGUUUGUGAUUUGCAGAAGAUUUGGAGUGGUUUCGGCUGUGGUGAAUGCAGCAGUGAGGAGGAAGCUGAUUUUAGCGGAUUUUAG